AUGGAGGCCGUGGAGACGGUGCAGGCGCAGGCACAGGAGGUGGCAGCCAGCCACAAGGCCGCCUGCGGCGCCUUCUUCAACGACAUCGAGGUGCUGUCAGCCACGGCAAGCGACUACCUGGCCCUGCUGAGCAAGCAUGCGGCUGUGGCUGAUGCGCAGAAGCUGCGCACCGCAGCCCUCAAGAUGCGGCUCAGCCAGCUGGCCAAGGAUCGGCGCAGCAGGGAGGCAGCAGUGGCGGCUAUCGUGGAGGCCAAGCAGCGCGAGCUGGACAGGCAGGGGCUUGCUGCGGCCAUGGGGCCUGGUGUGGGCAUCUUGCGGAGGCUGCUGCAGGAGGAGCGGGAGGAGCAGAAGCAGGAGGCCAGCGCUGCAACCAUCGAACCCUCGCUGUCCACCCCAGUGCCGUCGCCAGACAGCAGGACGGGGUGA